AACAAUCGUCUCACUGCAGAGUAAGACGCAUUUGCUUAUUACACUACAUCAUGGCAGUUACGGUUUCAAGGGUCUUGUCCUGUCUUGUGUGCAUCCUGUGUUCGCUCCUGAUCCAGACUGUAUGGGCUGAAAUUUGCACCAGCUACGUGGAUGCAAAUGGUUACCAACAUCAAGGUCAGCAAUGUGGCAAUUACUACUGCUGUGGAAACUGCUAUCAAAGAUCCUGCUGCAGUGACAGAUCAUAUCGGAUUAGUCAAGAAGACCAACAACGCUGCUCUAAAGGGAGUGGCCAUGGGAAAAGCAAACUUGGUACACUCCUUGGAAGCAUCUUAGGGUCUCUUUUUCCCAUCAUCCUCUGUGUGGGUGUCGUCAUCUGCUGUAUGGCUCCUUGCUGCUUGUUCUACAAGAAGUGUCGAAAAGGACGCAGCCGAGGGUCCCAGGCUCCCCCCACCAUGAUCAGUGGGCCCCAGCUUCCUUUCCCCCCCUCCAAUAAUUACCCAUCCCACCCGGGGGGUUACCACUCCGUACCCGGCCAACCUGGAUUUGGAGGCAUGCCCAACCCUUCAGCACCGCCACCAUACAUGGGAGGAAAUAAUCCACCUCACGGUCAAGGUGGAUUCAAUCCAGGGAUGCCGAUGGUGAACUUCAUCGGCCCGCCUUUGGAAUCAGCGCCACCUUCAAAUGACAAUGCACCACUGCCCUACAACCCUGCUUACUCCUGAACUGCAUAGUUAGAGCACUACAUGCCUUGAAACCCUGGUUGCACUACCACUGUCAAAGACAUGUGAAAUGUGUGGGUUAUGGUGUGUUGAUACAGUGGAAACCCUCUUUGCAAGGUGUUAAAUCCAAAUAUAUCUCGGGAAAACUGCAUUUUUCUAGUAAUGUGUUUGCAAUAUAAACUACUUUAAUGUAUCGUUAUAUCUUGCUGCUGCUGCUGCUUUUUACGGGUAAACCUUUAUGAAUAAUGCUUCAGUGAUAUGAAUAAUGGUUCAGUUAUGGCCAUUUGUUUAGCAGUGUCCUUACUUUUUGUGUUUAGUGUUGAAGAAAUGUUGAAUUUUAGGAGAGAAACACAAGAACUAAAAGACACAUUUCAAGUCAGGAUAAAAAAGAAGAUAAAAAAAAUUACAAUAAAAGAAAUAAAACAAAUUAUAUAACAACAAACAAAUAGGCUACAUUAAGCAUGGGAUAACAGUUAAGGUGAUAUUUAUUCUGAAAAAUUCAGUAUUUCUUUGCAAUUUAGAUCCAUUCACAUGUUCUGAACAAACAUCACUUUAAUUGUUGCACUCCAUCUGUGUUUAUUCUGAGAACAACUGAGGAAUUUGGGGAUUUUGGGAGCUUUUAUUACAGUUUGUACAGUUUGUGUGAUUCUUGGCUUCAGUAGUUAGUUAGAUUAUUUGGAUGUGUGUACUCUACACCCUGUUUGACCUUAAACAGUGGUGAAAUUAUGAUGAAACAUGUAUGAUGAAAAUGUUUCUUUUUUAAUAAACUCUAUCUGCCACUAGA